AUGGGUGUCAGCGUUGGCAGCAGUGAGGAAAAUUGUGACGAGAACUCGAACAGCAACGAGAAUUCCAACAGCAACUCGAACUCGAACAGCAAUGAGAACUCGAACACCAAUACCUGGGGCAGCAGCACUGACAGCGGUAGCAUGCCCCCUGGUGGUAUGCCUCCUAUUGGCGGUAUGCCUCCUUCUGGUGGUACUCCUCCUGGUGGUAUGCCUCCUUCUGGUGGUACUCCUCCCACCGGUGGCAUGCCUCCCACUGGCGGCACUCCCCCCAGCUCGGGUACCGAUACCUGCGAAGACUGCGAGGGAGGUACUCCUCCCUCUGGCGGUACUCCCCCCUCAGGAGGCACCCCGCCUACCAGCGGCACUCCUCCUACUGGUGACGUUCCGACUGGGGACACCCCCAGCGGCACCCCUCCCACCUCCGGCACUGAAACUGGCGAGGAGACUGGCACCGAGACUGGUGGAUCUCCUCCAUCUGGCAGCACUCCUCCUACUAGUGGCACUCCCCCCACCAGCGGCACUCCUCCUUCUGGCGGCACUCCUAGUGGUACCCCCCCUACUGGCGAUGUCCCCACUGGCGACACCCCCAGCGGCACCCCUCCCACCUCCGGCACUGAAACUGGCGAGGAGACUGGCACUGAGACUGGCGGAUCUCCUCCAUCUGGCAGCACUCCCCCCACCUCCGGCACUCCUCCUUCUGGCGGUAGCCCUCCCACCUCCGGCACUGAAACUGGUGAGGAGACUGGCACUGAGACUGGUGGCUCCCCUCCCUCUGGUGGCUCCCCUCCUACUAGCGGCACUCCCCCUACCGGCGACGUCCCUACUGGCAGCGGUACUCCCCCCAGCUCUGGCACUGAAACCGGCAUCACCACUGGCGAAGAGACUGGUACUUCUACUGGUGGCUCCCCUCCUACUGGCGGCAUGCCUCCAUCCGGCGGUACUCCCCCUAACUCCGGCACCGAGUGCGAAGCCUGCCAGGGCGGCAACAACUCCGGCAACUCCUCCGGCUCCUCUUCGUCCUCUUCCUCAUCAUCCAGUAGCAGCAGCUCCUCCAGCUCCUCCAGCGGCUCCAGCGGCAACCACGCCUCAGCCAACGCUUCCGGCCCCAACGACUGCGCCGAGUGCGAAGUCUCCGCAUCUGUCUCUCCUGAAGACUGCGAGGAGUAA